GAGAAAAUGAAAAAUCCAUAUCCAUCAAGUCGUAUAAAUAGACAACAUUUUCAGAGCAGCAACAGUAAGCAACCGACUAUACUGGUAGAAGGAAAAUGUUCAAGUACCGACAAGUAUUACUCAUCGCAACCAUCCUAGCCGUUGGAAUGGUUAACGCAAUUCACUGGUUUCCGAUGAUGAACCCUUUAACUCCUAACGGUCGGAUUGUCGGUGGAGAGCCAACAGAUAUAAGAGAAGUACCUCAUCAAGUAUCUCUCCAAGCUUACGACUUUGCUUUCUGCGGUGGUACGAUAGUCGCCGAAGAUUGGGUGCUUACUGCAGCUCAUUGUGCAGUUUACUCAGCAAGCAUAAUGACGGUUCGUGCAGGAACAACAACAAAAGGCAGCGGAGGAACUAUCCAUACAGUAACCAAGAUCAUCACCCACGAAAAUUACACAACAAACCGCUACGGGAUCCCAAUAAAUGACGUCGCACUGAUCAAACUAGCUACGCCCUUCGAAGUCGACGAGUUCCGGCAACCAAUCGACCUCUUUGAAUUAAAAGAAGAAGCUGUUGAGGGUAUUCAAUCAACGAUCACUGGAUGGGGUGCUACUGUUGAAGGUGGUUCUACACCCGACGUUUUGAACACCGUUGAAGUUCCAAUAAUAAGCAAAUCGGAAUGCCAUGAUGCCUACAUUUCUUUCGGAGGACUUCCAGAAGGCCAAAUCUGUGCAGCUUAUCCAGAAGGUGGCAAAGACGCUUGCCAGGGUGACUCCGGUGGUCCACUGACUAUUGACGGUCGGCUAGCUGGAAUCGUUUCUUGGGGAAAUGGAUGUGCUCGUCCAGGAUACCCUGGAGUUUACACUGAAGUCGCCAGUUUUCGCGAUUGGAUCGAUAUUAAAAUAUCUACCAUGUAACUUGCUAACAAUUACAUGGAAAGAUUUUGGCUGUUGGUCUUUGAUUUGUAAUUCAUUUUGUUAAUAAAGCAUUAUUAGAAAAAAAAAU